UGUAAACUCUCACCAGACUCUUCGUAAGCAUCAAGCGAAGGUGCCCCAUACCAACAUAACUUUUUUAUCUUUAGCUUAAAGGUACUAUCAACCACCAAAAACAAUGUGUGACGACGAAGUAGCUGCUUUGGUAGUGGACAAUGGCUCUGGCAUGUGCAAGGCCGGAUUCGCCGGAGACGAUGCCCCAAGAGCCGUGUUCCCAUCCAUCGUCGGCAGACCCCGUCACCAGGGUGUCAUGGUUGGUAUGGGUCAGAAGGACAGCUACGUCGGAGAUGAGGCUCAGUCCAAGAGAGGUAUCCUCACCCUGAAAUACCCCAUUGAGCACGGCAUCGUCACAAACUGGGACGAUAUGGAGAAGAUCUGGCACCACACCUUCUACAAUGAGUUGAGAGUCGCCCCCGAAGAGCACCCCGUCCUCCUCACUGAGGCCCCCCUCAACCCCAAAGCCAACAGAGAAAAGAUGACCCAGAUCAUGUUUGAGACCUUCAACGCCCCAGCCAUGUACGUCGCCAUCCAGGCCGUGCUUUCCCUGUACGCCUCUGGUCGUACCACAGGUAUCGUCCUCGACUCCGGUGACGGUGUCACCCACACUGUCCCCAUCUACGAAGGUUACGCCCUCCCACACGCCAUCCUCCGUCUGGACUUGGCCGGCCGUGACCUCACUGAUUACCUGAUGAAGAUCCUCACCGAGAGAGGCUACUCCUUCACCACCACCGCUGAGCGUGAGAUCGUGCGUGACAUCAAGGAGAAACUCUGCUACGUCGCCCUUGACUUCGAGCAGGAAAUGGCCACCGCUGCCUCCUCCUCCUCCCUCGAGAAGAGCUACGAGCUUCCCGACGGUCAAGUCAUCACCAUCGGCAACGAGCGCUUCAGGUGCCCAGAGUCCCUCUUCCAGCCAUCCUUCUUGGGUAUGGAGUCUGCCGGUAUCCACGAGACCACCUACAACUCCAUCAUGAAGUGUGAUGUCGACAUCCGUAAGGAUCUGUACGCCAACACCGUCCUGUCCGGAGGCACCACCAUGUUCCCUGGUAUUGCUGACCGCAUGCAGAAGGAGAUCACCUCCCUGGCCCCAAGCACCAUGAAGAUCAAGAUCAUCGCCCCACCCGAGAGGAAAUACUCCGUAUGGAUCGGUGGCUCCAUCCUUGCCUCCCUCUCCACCUUCCAACAGAUGUGGAUCUCCAAACAAGAGUACGACGAAUCAGGCCCAUCCAUCGUCCACCGCAAGUGCUUCUAAGUCACUCGCCAAACCGCCCCCAACACCCCCAACACACAUAUCCCCCCACACACAGAAAGAAAACGCAACAACACCAGCACCAUCCACCAUCAUUGCAAGGCUUCUACAAAACAACAACCUCAAGUGUCGCAACGGCUUUUCGGACUUUGUGCUCUGCCGUUGACUGUGUGCUGAAAAAAAGUAAACAAACAUUAAAUUGUCGAAUUACGUCAUCAAAUUUCAUGUACUCGUCACAGAAGCUUGCAAAUGUUUAUUUAUUUAACAUCACUUAGAAAAAUAAACAGUUUUGUCCGAUAAACACAAUUAUCACAUUGUUUUUACAAACUUGUAUUUAUUCAACGUUUAACUGUACUUCGUAAGUACUAGUUUUUAAUUUACCUAAGUACAAACGGCCAAUAAUUGUUUGUAUUUUUUUUUUACGAUUCAAAUAUUUUAAGACGAGUAACUUACAUCCAACGUAAUACAAAUGGCCGUUAAUCUAUAAGAUUCAAAUUUCGAAGGCUACAGAAAUUGUCAUCUCAGGAAAUUAAAAAAACAACAACAUAGUCUUUUUUUUUUUAUCAUUAGUCUUGCUCUAACCGAGUGAGUAUAUAAAAAAAAACAUUGGAUUAAAAACAAAUAGCAAUAGUAUUUUUAUGCAAAAUACUUUUUAAAGAAAAUUUGUGUAUAAAAUUGUUUAAAUAUCAUGAAACGAAUUUUAUGUUCUGUCAAUGCGCGUGAAAAUGUGUUAUAUACAUGUCAUGUUUGUAUGCGAUGUCAGUGAAUGUUUGUUCCGCCAGUCGAAGUGUCUUCAAAGAAAAGGUUUCUUUUUUUUUUAUAUAUUCAACAUCUUCGCGUCAAUGAAUACUGUCUGGUCCCGCAGUGCUAAUAGUUACCACCAAUACAUGCUCUUGUAACGAUUGUAACAUCAAAUCAGUAACAUCUUUUUUUACAACAGUCUUAGUAACAUCCUCAAAUGGUCCCUUCGCUUUGAUUCACUGACUGGAUGCAGACUCGGUGACGUCACAUUCAUGCAAGUGACGGAAGUGACGCGCGCUGCCCUAACAACAAAAAAAUACAACUUUUUUUUUCUUUUUUUUUUUUUUCUGAAAACUUUGCCCCCUAUUGGUGUUGCCAUGGCGACGCUCAGAGCGUCUCUAUCGUAACAACCAAUCGUUGUCAAAGAAUGAGUGAAGCUUUUUGUUUUCUCGUGAUUAUAAUUUUGUGUUAGAGAGUUACUACCCAUCAUCUGAAUCUGUAGACCUUCGUUUCCGGCUGAUUAAAGAAAUGUUGAUUAUUAAA